CAUAUCUGUUUGAGAACACUCAAGUUGUGGAGUCUAGAGCAGAGCCGAGACCAUGAAGUGGGUUGUUGUUGCGUGUGCCAUGGUGGCACUGUCUGAGUGCAUCGUCCAUAUACCUCUGGAGAAGGGUAAGUCUGCCAGGGAGUUCCUGGAGGAGCAGGGUCUGUGGGAGGAGUACAGGCUCAAAUACAAAUACAACCCCAUGGCCAAAUUUGAUGAGCGCUUUGCUGUGGGCAAUGAGCCCAUGACCAACGACGCUGAUCUGUCUUACUAUGGAAUUAUCUCGAUUGGAACUCCUCCUCAGUCCUUCAAGGUCAUCUUUGACAGUGGCUCAUCUAACCUGUGGGUGCCUUCCGUCUACUGCAGCAGUCCAGCCUGCAACAACCAUGUCAAGUUCAACCCUGGCAUGAGCAGCACCUACAGAAACAUCGGCAGUCCUCUCAAUAUUCAAUAUGGCACUGGCAGCAUGACCGGCUUCCUUGCUUAUGACACUGUGACGGUCGGUGGGCUCCCUGUUAGCAACCAGAUCUUUGGUCUCAGCGAGACUGAGGCUCCCUUCAUGCAGUACAUGCGUGCUGAUGGUAUCCUGGGCCUGGCCUACCCAAGUCUGGCUGCCUCUGGCGCUACACCCGUAUUUGACACCAUGAUGAAGGAGGGCCUGGUCAACCAGGACCUCUUCUCUGUGUAUCUGAGCUCUAAUUCCCAGCAAGGCAGCGUGGUAACCUUUGGCGGUGUCGACCCCAACCUCUACUAUGGUACCAUCAGCUGGAUUCCUCUCUCAAGUGAGACGUACUGGCAGAUCACAGUGGACAGCGUUACUGUCAACGGUCAGGUUGUGGCAUGCAGCGGUGGUUGUCAGGCUAUUGUGGACACCGGAACUUCUAUGAUUGUUGGACCUCAGGAUAGCAUCAGUAACAUCAAUCGCUGGGUUGGAGCUAAUUACCAGAACGGAGACUAUGUUGUCAACUGCAACAACGUUAACCAGAUGCCAGAUAUCACCUUCCACAUCUAUGGACAACAAUUCACUCUCCAAGGUGCCGCCUAUGUCCGUCAGUCUCAGUACUAUGGCUGCCGUACUGGCUUCAGCAAUGGUGGUUCAAGCCUGUGGAUCCUGGGUGAUGUCUUCAUCAGGCAGUACUAUUCCAUCUUCAACAGAGGCCAGAACAUGGUGGGUCUAGCCAAGGCUAGAUAAUCAACCUGAAGUCAAGCCGUCCAACAGUCACAUGUAUGUCAUGUAUGUCAUUCAUGGGUUUAAGUGCUACUCUAAUGAAAUGUAAAACCUGAGACUCCAGUCUUCAGCAAAAUUUGUAUUUCCUUAAAAUUAAUAAAAAGACUUUAUUCAA